GGAAGCGCGAGGGUAUCGAGUCAAAGCUCGACAUCGUUCCAGGAGUGGCUCACAAUGCUCGUGGUGUUCGCAGCCUCGUACUGGACUUCCUGCUACCCCAGAUUCAGAAGAAGCUCAGCAGCUAGACGGAGACAUCAGAACACAGCUUCGAUUCUGCUUUAGCUGGCCGCGAUACUUAUUUUUAGCAUGAUUCCACGUAGGUAAUAUGGGUGGGCCUAACUCCACCAUUGAUAAUAUCUAUCUAUCAGGUAGCUACUAUGUGUGAAGUCCGAAAUUACACCAGGUAAUCCUAGUGCACACGUGUUGGUUCGAGGUGGAUUUUUACUUCAAACGCUGAAUAGACAUUAUUAAGAAAUACUAAAAUGGCAAUGGUUUAAGCGUACUUUUUUUAUUGGCUUAGCAACCCUUCCUCCUCCAAAACAACUUUAUCACAAUAGUUUCCCCCUUUUCUCCUGACUACAUCAUCAUCGGUAGCGGCACUUCCGGCCUCGUUAUUGACGACCGGUUGUCCGAAAACCUCAACGUUCAAGCCUUAGUACUCGAGGGCGAGAAGGGCCUUCCUAUCGAUCUUAGGGUCAACGUCCUAACCCUUCGGAUAUCUCUUAUGGGCUCUGAAGCUGACUGGCAGUAGCUAGCUUAGUCCCCUCUUAUAAGAAGCCGUAUAUUACACUUAUACCCCCGCCAGAUCAAGCCACGCUAGACCAUCUCUAAAUCGACUGGAUUAAUGCCGAGUAUCGUGGCACUUGGGGCCCUAUUAAAUUCUUCCUCCCAGGCAUCGUCGAGUCCGUCCUCGGGUAAUCCGAUUGGGGGUUACAGCAAUACAGCGACCGUCGGUCCGGAAACAAAGACUCGGAGCUACGCUACUUUAACGUACGGUACUCCUAUUACCCAAAGACCGAACAUAUAAGAUAUCUCAGAGGACAAGGUCCAGAGAAUAUCUGCAUCGUUGAUGCUAGGUACUGUCUUCCCGCUUGUCCCCCAUGGUAAUACCCUGUCCUCGGUUUAUGCCGUUGCCAAGAAGGCGGCUGAUAUCAUCAAGGGCUAUCGAUGCCAGCGGUCUCAACAAGUCAAGUCAAGCAAGUUUUUACUAAAAGCUUGGCCGCCCCCAAG